CAUCGUCUCUUGACUAGUCUAUGUGUAGGCCUACCAAGUAAGGUAAAUCCGAUAACGCGCAACUGCAGCAUAUAUACAUGUAUUCGACAGAUGUAUUCCUUAGAUUAAAACCCCUAAAUAUAACGAGACAUUGUAAACUAGGCCACAUUGUUACUUACUUCCUCCUCCGCCCCCUUCAACGCAUGAAAAAACUAAACAUCUCUGAAAUUCUAUCAUCACCGAGAGGAGAGCUUUGAGCAACUUAGAAGAAAGACGCUUCAACUGACAGUGAGAUUUGGAGAAAUGGCAUUUUAUAACCAAGAACCUUUUCAUAAUCCGAGACUCCCUUUCACCGGCACUAUCCAAGGUGGGCUGCAGGAGGGGAAGACGAUCACUAUUACUGGGAGACUUCACCAUGGGGCAGACAGGUUCCAUGUGAAUUUGCAGUGUGGUUCUAGGGCAGGGGCGGACAUUGCCCUUCACUUCAACCCACGAUAUGACAGUCACCCUGGAUAUGUGGUGGCCAACACCUUGCAGCAGUCCAGAUGGGGGACAGAAGAGCGGAAGCAGCAUUCCCCCUUUCAGCAUGGCUCUGGCUUCAGCCUCGUGAUCACCGUCCAGAGGGACGGCUUCCAGUUGAAUGCGAAUGGGAAACAUUUCAUGACCUUUAAGCACCGUAUUCCGUUUGACGCAGUGGACACCAUCUCAGUCGAGGGAAAAGUGGAGGUGACCUCCAUCGCCUUCCAGAACCCUGCACCCACCUUUCCUGCACAGCCAGGAUUCCCUUCUUAUCCGGGAUUUCCGGCACAACCGGGAUUUCCGGCGCAACCAGGAUUUCCGGCGCAACCGGGAUUUCCAGCGCAACCAGGAUUUCCGGCGCAACCGGGAUUUUCGGCGCAACCGGGAUUUCCGGCGCAACCGGGAUUUCCGGCGCAACCAGGAUUCCCGGCGCAACCAGGAUUCCCGGCGCAACCAGGAUUCCCUUCUCACCCAGGAUUCCCUUCUCACCCAGGAUUUCCCGCUCAACCGGGAUUUCCCGCGCAACCGGGAUUUCCCACGCAACCAGGAUGUCCAGCUGUUCCAUACAAGAACAUGAUCAAUGGUGGACUCCACCCUGGACGCACCAUCAACAUCCAGGGAGUGGUUAACCCCAAUGCCAAUAGGUUUAAUGUUAACCUACUCUGCAACUCUGAGAUUGUGCUGCACUACAACCCCCGAUUUGACGAGACCCUAGUGGUACGCAACAGCAAGCUGAAGGACCAGUGGGGAAAGGAGGAGCGCUCUGGUGGAAUGCCCUUCCACAGGGGCCAAGCCUUCACGCUGUCUAUUUCCUGUGAGGCUCAGUGCUACAAGAUAGUGGUCAACGGGAAUCAGACGAGCACCUACAAACACCGCCACACCCUCCUCCAGCAGGUCAACGUCCUGGAGGUGGAUGGAGACCUCAGUUUGACCUCCGUGAUGGUUUAGGGCUGUGGGUCACAACUCUGACUCAGCCACUUGUUUAAUUUUGACCCAAACCACCACAUAUUUUUUCGAUCUGUUCUUGCCGCAGUAAAAAUUACAUUCACUUUGUUUCCUUACUGCUAGCAGUGCCUGUUAGACAACCCCAUUUGCACAUGUAUUAUUAGUGAGUGCCGUGCCAUCGACUUCAAGGAUGAGAAAUGUGUUCCUGUUUGUUAUAAAUCGAGGUAGAAAGCCAUUAGAAAUCACAUUGUGUGAUAGAAUGACGUUAUCUCUCAUGAGAAGUACCCUGAGGACAAUGCCUAGUAAUUCCAUAUGUAGCCUAGUUCAUCACCAGUGGUCUCUAGACUCUUUUUUAUAACAUUAAGUUACAGUAUUAAGUGUGACAAUAUGUUGCGUGAGACUGGCUAUGCCAAAACCCUCAUUCACAAAGUCAACUGCAGUAUGUGUUUAGACAGCAGUGAUUUGCUGACAUGGCUACGCUAGUUGUCAUAGUAACAAUGGGUGUGUGCACCGUGGUGUAGGCUGAUUGGUGGUGCUCGUGCUUCCUAUCACUCAGAAGUUAAGGUGACAACAAUGCCUGCCAUGGACUUUUCCCAGUUGCUUUGAAUGUUCAAAAUCAUAGUGUUAGAACAUUUUUAAAGCCUCAGAGGAUAAGAUUAUCCAGCUUUCAAAACAAGUCCUUUUUGGCUAGCUACAUCAGUCAAGCUAACUAGGUAGCUGUUUUGCUUUCUACCACAUUCACUAAUUUGUUUGUAAAAAAUUAACAACUAGUUCCACAUGUUCUUGUCAAACUGUCAACAGCGUAGCUAGACAGCAACAAUCUAUGCCAAAUAACAGUCUAAAAACCACUUGAGGGCAAAUAAAUCAGAUUUGAUUGUUCAGACACAGGUCGCAUGGCCAGGAAUCAGAUUGUAUGUGGCUUGAAAUAUCUGAUUCCAUGUGCUUUUUGGCUGUUCACACUGCAGGAAAAAGAACCUGAUUCGAAUCGAAUAUGCAAAAAGAAAGGAUUUGAGUCACUUCAAACUGCCUAUAUGAACAAGGCUUAAAUGAAAAUAAAACAUGUUUUAAGAA